UCUUAUAACAUAGGUUGUCUUUGCAUUUAAAUUAGAUUCUUAAUUUUGUAUUUACAUAUUUAAAAAAAAAAUAUCUACAGUAGCAAUAGUUUUGCGAGUUUUAUUAGUCAUACGCAAUCAACAUACUGUGCUGUACGCCAUGAUGCUGUUUCUAAUAUUAAUUCUCCUAUUUUACAUAGCUGUUCUAUUAUAUUUCAAAGUGUCACUAGGAAUUUGUAAGUGUAGCAAACAUUUAGUGGGCAAAGUGGUGAUAGUGACCGGAGCAAACACAGGAAUCGGGUACGAGGUGGCGAAGGACAUGGCGCAUCGGGGAGCACGUGUCAUCCUAGCAUGCAAAUUAGAGGAGUACGGCAAAGAGGCGAAAGACAAGAUCGUGGCGGCCACAGGUAACCUCAACGUGGACUAUAAGUCGGUGGAUCUGUCCUCCUUGAAUUCUGUAAGAGCAUUCUGCGAUGAUAUCUUAAAAACAGAAACGCAACUUGAUAUAUUAAUAAACAACGCGGGCACCUCCACGAAAGCUUACAAAAUAACCAAAGAUGGAUUAUUACUAGACAUGCAAGUAAAUUAUUUCGGACAUUUCCUAUUAACUUACCUACUACUUCCUUUAUUAAAGAAGUCGUCGCCUAGUAGAAUUAUUAAUACGUCUUCGAUUUUACACAAAGCGGCGAAGUUAAAUUUUGACAAUCUAAAUAUGGUAAAUGAAGAGUACAACGCACAAAAGGUUUACAAUAAUUCAAAAUUGUGCAAUCUAUUAAUGAGUAUGGAGUUAGCAAGGCGGCUGAGUGGCACCGGUGUAACCGCUAACUCGUUGCACCCAGGCGCUGUCUACACGAAGCUAAUGACUAAUCAUCCGGUCAUGAAAUUUGAUAUUCUAAGAUAUAUCGUUAGGCCAUUCAUGAAGUCCAGCUGGGAAGGUGCCCAGACUACCAUCUAUUUGGCCGUGUCUCCUGAGGUCGAAGGUGUGACCGGUGGUUACUUUGUUGAUUGUAAGAAAACAGCGCCAUCUAUUACAGCUCAAGAUGAUCAUAUCGCAAGCAAAUUGUGGGAAGUCUCUGAGAGACUAGUAGGUUUAAAUUAGAAAUGCAUCUUCUGUAUUUUUUUUUUUAUAAUCUAUAGAAUAAAGCUAAAGUAUUAAUGUAACAUAUUUAAUAUGAUUUAAUUCUUGUAAAGAUAUUAUUAUAAAGUACCUAAUAUGAGUUACUAUUGAAAGUUGUUUAGUAUUUUUUUUUUAAUUUAACUACACUAAAAGAUAUACAAAUUUAUUUAGACUUACCGUCACAUUAAUUGUGUUCACAUAAAAUAAAUUAUUUGUUUGAGUUUA